CAGGCAUGAAUGAGCAAGCUUUUCUUUCUUUCUCCAUCAAUCCUUCUUAGCUGCCACAUUGCCUGGCCUUGUUGACAUCAAAGCCAAACCCUCACUUUAUUAUUACCACCACUCCACACACACACACACACCACCACCACUCCAUCCCUUCCUUCCUCUCAACCCACUCUCCAUAUGCAAGCAAACUAUUAAGCAUCCAUCACCAACCUUCCUCCUUCCACCACCUUGUAUUCUCCUCCCUCCCUCCCCUCUCCUUGUUUCUCACGUCGCUCCCACGCCCAUCGAUCCAUGGGGGAGGACGCCGGCGAUGGCUACGGCACGCCACCGGCCGCGCUUGCGGCCAUCGUCGUCAAGGGCAAGCGCAGCAAGCGGCGCCGCGUGCACGCGGCCGCCGAGGCCGAGGUGACCGCGGUCACCACGGCCAGCGCCGCGGGAGAGGUGGCGUCGUCCUCCUCCUCGGUGGCGGACGGUGGCGGGUGGCGGUCUGGCGCGGACGAGGCGGCCUCCGGGUGCGUCACCGAGGAGGAGGAGGACAUGGCGCUCUGCCUCAUGCUCCUCGCGCGCGGCGGUGGCGGCCAGGGAAGCCGGGCCGGGCCGUCGUCCUCCUCCUCGUCGGUGGUGGUGAGGGACGACGUCGCGGUGGCCACGGCGAGGGAGGGCAAGUUCCGGAGCCGGCGCCCGGCGGACGGCGGCGAGGGGGAGUUCGUGUACGAGUGCCGGACGUGCGGCAAGUGCUUCCCGUCCUUCCAGGCGCUCGGCGGGCACCGCACCAGCCACAAGAAGCCGCGCCUCCCGCUUCCGCUCCCGCCCACCACGGCCACGACGGCGUCGUCCGAGGAGAAGAUGAAGCUGCCGCCGCAGGCCGCCGAGGAGAAGACGCCACCGCCGUCGCCGGCCGCUGCCGUUGAUCGGACGGUGCUGGCGAUCCCGGUCCCGGCGACGCCGCCCAAGCAAGAAGCUACGGCGACCGGCGUGUCGUCCAAGCAGCAGGGGCAGGGGAGGGUGCACGAGUGCUCCAUCUGCGGCGCGGAGUUCGGGUCCGGGCAGGCGCUGGGCGGGCACAUGCGGCGGCACCGCCCGCUCCUGCCGGCGUCGGCGUCCGUCUCUUCCACGGACGACGUGGCGGCGGUGCUGGUGAUCAGGAAGGAGAAGAGCCUCCUGGAGCUGGAUCUCAACAUGCCGGCGCCCUGCGACGACGCCGCGACCGCGACAUCGCCGGGCUCCUUCACGUUCGCCGUGAAGGAGCGGCCGUCUGUGCCGGCGGCGCUGCUGCCGUUCCGGGCGCCGGCGUCGGCCCUGGUGGACUGCCAUUUCUAGGCGGCGAUCAACGCACAGACAGACAGUAAUUAGCUCCUCUGUUUCUCAUUUGUUCCACACAAGACAUAUACACAUUUACAUACAUAUUCUUUAUUCUUCUUUUACAAUUUGUUGUGUUCAAAUUGAUUGAUCAUUGAUGAUGAUUGGAAACUGUAAAAUUUGUUGGGUUGGGGGGUACAAACAAAUUGUUUGUCUGGAAUUUGACAUUGUUAGUAUGUGAUUAAUACAUUCAUUACAUUGAUUGAUUGAUUGAUUCA